AUGCCCUCGAAUUCCGACUCCUCGUCCUCUUCCUCUUCUUCUACGUCGUCCGGCGAGUAUCAAACCCCUAAACGUAAUUCCACUUCAAUUGACCAGUCCCUGGACGCAAUCGAGAAUCAGUUAGCCUCAAUUUCAAUGUUCCAGCCGGAUUCACUGCUGGAAUCGGAACCGGAACCGGAGCCUGUGCCGGAGUUGGAGGUUUCAAAGGAGGAAUUGGUGAAUGGAUCAGUAAAUGUGAUCGAGGAGCUACCGGCGAAGAACGAGGAGGGGGAGAGUUUGAAGGCGAGCUCGUCUAGAGUGUGGACUAAUGCAUCGGAGGAGGUGGAGGAAAUGGAGGCGCCGCCUAGUCCAAGUAGUAGUGGAUAUGAUGGCGGUAGAGGGAGUAGCGCCACCAGUGGGAUUGAGGAUGCUAAUGAUGAUGAUAAUGACGGCGAGAUUGUGGAGGUUCGGAGUCAUGGUGAUUCUGUCGGAGCUUCUGAUUCUCAGGCUCCUUGGACUCCCGGGAAACGCCAUGGUGAUGAGGAUGAUGCAUCUAUUUCAUGGAGAAAAAGGAAGAAGCAUUUCUUCAUUUUGAGUCACUCUGGCAAACCCAUAUAUUCAAGAUACGGAGAUGAGCAUAAACUCGCUGGGUUCUCUGCAACUUUGCAGGCCAUUAUUUCCUUCGUGGAAAAUGGGGGUGAUCGCGUCAAAUUGGUUAAAGCUGGAAAACAUCAGGUUGUUUUUCUUGUCAAAGGACCAAUUUAUCUCGUUUGCAUAAGCUGUACUGAGGAGCCAUAUGAAUCACUCAAGUGUCAACUAGAGCUUCUUUAUGGCCAGAUGAUACUUAUUCUUACAAAGUCCGUUAAUAGAUGUUUUGAGAAGAAUCCGAAAUUUGAUAUGACACCUUUGCUCGGAGGAACAGAUGUCGUCUUCUCGUCUCUCAUCCAUUCUUUCAGUUGGAAUCCGGCUACCUUUCUUCAUGCAUAUACAUGCCUUCCCCUUGCUUAUCCCACAAGGCAAGCUGCUGGUGCGAUCUUGCAGGAUGUUGCAGAUUCAGGUGUCUUGUUUGCAAUUUUAAUGUGUAGACACAAGGUUAUUUCCCUUGUUGGUGCACAAAAAGCAGCCCUUCAUCCUGAUGAUAUGCUUCUUCUCUCUAACUUUGUUGUUUCAUCAGAAUCUUUUAGGACAUCUGAAUCUUUCUCACCAAUUUGCCUUCCAAGAUACAAUCCAAUGGCCUUUCUGUAUGCCUACGUCCAUUAUUUUGAUCUUGACACAUAUUUGAUAUUGCUCACUACAAGUUCGGAUGCCUUUUACCAUCUUAAAGAUUGCAGGAUCCGUAUUGAGAAUGUUCUUUUGAAGUCAAAUGUUCUUGCUGAAGUUCAGAAGUCAUUGUUGGAUGGGGGAAUGCAUGUUGAGGAUUUGUCAAUUGAGUCCGGUUCUCGCUCUGGGAGUGUAUCCCCUCAUAGUAGUCAGUCUGGACUUGCAACAGAAUCCGCAGAGCGAUUAAGAGACACUUUCAGUGGUGUUGGUGGUCCCGCUGGACUCUGGCAUUUUAUAUACCGCAGCAUUUAUCUGGAUCAAUAUGUGACAUCUGAAUUUUCAUCACCUAUUAACAGCUUGCGACAACAGAAGAGAUUAUAUAGAGCUUAUCAGAAGGUUUAUACAUCGAUGCAUGAGAAAGGAAUUGGACCACACAAAACUCAAUUCAGAAGGGACGAAAACUACGUUUUGCUUUGCUGGGUUACCCAAGAUUUCGAACUCUAUGCGGCAUUUGAUCCCCUUGCAGAUAAGGCUCUAGCCAUAAAAGUAUGCAACCGGGUUUGUCAGUGGGUGAAAGACGUCGAGAAUGAGAUUUUCUUGUUGGGAGCAAGCCCAUUUUCAUGGCGGUUAUUAUCGUUGUGA